CCAGAACUGACUCCCCUGCACCCAAACUCCUCCGCCAAAUUCAGUCCCCUCCGAAACCACCGAAGCUUCAGCAAUCACCGGAGCAUUACAAGGUAGUAUGUUUUCAACUCCUAGAAACCCAGCAGAGACUAAUGUAACCCACAACAGAUUGAAGUUGAAGUGAAGUCAAACUGCUUUGCUGUGUUUGAAAAUGGAGGCCAUUCUUGUUCUGAGCACUGCAUCUGUUUCUGGGUCUCUCAAUUCCAACCGUCUUUCUAUUCUUUCGCAUCAAUCACAACCUUCUCAAACUCGAGCUCUGGCACGCAAGAUAAUCCGGACAUGGAAGCUGGAAGAGUGUUCCAAUGCAAAAGACUAUUAUGUAGAUUGUGUACCACUAAUACAGAGUUUAAGUAGACGAAAGAUGCCUCAUUUAGCUCAUGAAGUUUUACUUGAGAUGAAAUCAGAGGGUCUUGUGCCGAGCAACUCCACUCUAUCGGCUGUAAUGCUAUGUCAUGCGAAUAAUGGCCUUUUCCCUCAAGCUGAGGCAAUUUGGGAUGAAAUGUUAAACAGUUCUUUUGUGCCCAGUAUUCAGAUUGUGUCGGAGCUAUUUAAUGUGUAUGGCAGUGUAGGAUGUUUUGGAAAAGUGAAUGAAAUUGUGGGUCAGAUAAGAUCGAGGAAUUUAAGUUUGUUACCGGAGGUUUACUCACUAGCUAUAUCUUGCUUUGGGAAGGGAGGGCAGCUUAGAUUGAUGGAAGAUACAUUGAAAGAAAUGGUUUCAAGGGGCUUCCGGGUAGACUCGGCCACUGGUAAUGGCUUUAUCAGGUACUACAGCAUAUUUGGUUCUCUGACUGAGAUGGAGACCGCUUAUGACCGCCUUAAGAGGUCCAGGUUUUUGAUAGAGGAAGAGGGAAUCCGGGCAAUGUCUUUGGCGUAUCUAAAGAAAAGGAGGUUCUAUAGUUUAGCUGAGUUCCUUAAGAGUGUUGGUCUAGGUAGAAGAAACUUGGGAAAUCUAUUAUGGAACCUAUUGUUGCUAUCCUAUGCUGCCAAUUUUAAGAUGAAAAGCUUACAAAGAGAAUUUCUGAGAAUGGCGGAAGCUGGAUUCCACCCUGAUCUCACUACAUUUAAUAUUCGUGCCCUGGCUUUUUCAAGAAUGUCUCUACUCUGGGAUCUCCAUCUUACUCUUGAACACAUGAAACAUGAGGAAGUUGUUCCGGAUCUGGUGACUUGUGGUUGUAUUGUUGACGCAUAUUUGGACAGAAGACUGGGAAGAAACUUGUAUUUUGCUUUAAACAAAAUGAACUUGGAUGAUUCUCCGGUAGUCUUAACAGAUCCAUUUGUAUUUGAAGUUCUGGGGAAAGGCGACUUCCAUGCAAGCUCAGAGGCAUUUUUGGAGUUUCGGAAGCAGAAGGGAUGGACUUAUAGGAAGCUAAUUUCAGUAUAUUUGAAAAAGCAAUACCGGAGGGACCAGAUAUUCUGGAAUUACUGAAUAGUGACCUCCACCAUGUGUAAAGACAUGUCUGUAAAAAUUAUUGUCUUGGACUGGAGUGACACUUUCUGAAUAUUGG